CUGGUGUCCGUGGGCCCCCUCUCCCCUGAGUGGAACCCCAGUCCCCAUCCCUUGGAACUACCCUCUCCUCUGCUGCUGGCAGGUCAGUCCCACAUGGGUGACCUGAGCUGGGCUGGGGAGGACAGCAAACUUCCUUCAUCUUCCUGCCAUGGUGACAGCCACCAGCUUCCUCACUGGGAGGUGGGGCCGCCCUGCCCUCAGGCAGGUGACUCAGGUCAUGAUGCCACCACCACGGAGCAAGAAGCCCAGAUAGAUGCCCCUGCGGCCCGGCGUGUGGAGCCCCCCGAUGCUGGCAGUGGGGCCCACCAUGGAUGGGGAGUUCCCUCCGCACGAGCCUCCACCAGCCGGCAGCGUCCUGUACAGCCCGCCGCCCCUGCAGACCCCACUGUGCGGGCCCAGCGUCCAGAAUGCCAUGCUGCAUUAUCCCUGGUGGAGCAGCUUCUCGCCCACGCCAUACCCAGCCUUCUCCAGCGAGAGCCACCAGUUCAUGAACUCCUCCUUCAUUGUGGGCCAGCCCUGCGUGGACACCAGCUAUGGGCCUGCAGCCGCCACCCCCAGCUUCCCGCCAAAGAGCAGCGACUUUCCUCAGGACUCCUCGUACCUCGAUGACCUCUCCAAUGCCUCCAUCUUCUCCUCGUCCGUGGACUCCCUCUCAGACAUCGCAGACACACCUGACUUCCUGCCCGCCGACAGCCUCAGCCAGGUGCCCACCAUCUGGGACGUGAGCACUGGCCCCUCCACCCACGACAAGCUGUUCCUGCCCAGCGCGCCAUUUACAGGCCUUGAGGACCCUGUGUCCUCUCUCUCCAGCACCCCACUUCUCGUCAGCUACCAGUCUCAGAGUCACCCCGAGGAGGACGACGAAGCUGAGGAGGAUGAGGCAGAGGAGCUGGGCCACGCGGAGACCUACGCCGACUACGUGCCAUCCAAGUCCAAGCUUGGGAAGCAGCACCCAGACCGCGUGGUGGAGACCAGCACUCUGUCCAGCGUUCCGCCGCCGGACAUCACCUACACCCUCGCCCUGGCCUCCUCCGACAGCGGAGCCCUUUCCGCCUUGCAGCUAGAGGCCAUCACCUACGCCUGCCAGCAACACGAGGUCCUGCUCCCCGGUGGGCAGCGCGCGGGCUUCCUUAUCGGCGAUGGCGCGGGCGUGGGCAAGGGCCGCACGGUGGCCGGCAUCAUCCUGGAGAACUACCUGCGGGGCAGAAAGAAGGCCUUGUGGUUCAGCGUCUCCAAUGAUCUCAAGUACGAUGCGGAGCGCGACCUUCGGGACAUCGCCGCCCCUGGCAUCGCGGUGCACGCGCUGAGCAAGAUCAAGUACGGCGACAACACUACCUCAGAGGGCGUCCUCUUUGCCACCUACUCCGCCCUGAUCGGGGAGAGCCAGGCAGGCGGGCAGCACCGCACGCGCAUCCGGCAGAUCCUGGAGUGGUGUGGGGAGGCCUUCGAUGGCGUGAUUGUGUUUGACGAGUGCCACAAAGCCAAGAACGCCAGCUCCACCAAGAUGGGCAAGGCCGUGCUGGACCUGCAGAAUAAGCUGCCCCUGGCCAGGGUGGUCUACGCCAGCGCCACAGGUGCCUCUGAGCCCCGGAACAUGAUCUACAUGAGCCGCCUGGGUAUCUGGGGCGAGGGCACACCGUUCCGGACCUUCGAGGAAUUUCUGCAUGCCAUCGAGAAGAGGGGUGUGGGCGCCAUGGAGAUCGUGGCCAUGGACAUGAAGGUCAGCGGCAUGUACAUCGCACGCCAGCUCAGCUUCUCUGGCGUCACCUUCCGCAUCGAAGAGAUCCCGCUGGCCCCGUCCUUCGAGCACAUCUACAACCGGGCGGCCCUGCUGUGGGCCGAGGCCCUGGGCGUGUUCCAGCAGGCAGCCGACUGGAUCGGCCUGGAGUCACGCAAGUCCCUGUGGGGCCAGUUCUGGUCGGCCCACCAGCGCUUCUUCAAGUACCUAUGUGUUGCCGCCAAGGUGCGCCGGCUGGUGGAGCUGACCCGGGAGGAGCUGGCCAGGGACAAGUGCGUGGUUAUCGGGCUGCAGUCCACGGGUGAGGCGCGUACCCGGGAGGUGCUGGGCGAGAAGGAGGGCCAGCUUGAUGGCUUCGUGUCCGCUGCCGAAGGCGUCUUUCUGUCGCUAAUUCAGAAGCACUUUCCUUCAACCAAGAGGAAGCGAGAGAGAGGACCGGGCAAUAAGCGAAAAAACCGUGCCGCCAGGACAAAGGCGUGGGGCCAGGCGGCAGUGACCCCUGGCUGCUCCCCUGCAGGGCGGCCACGGGGCCGUGGGGCCAAGGUGCCCAGGCUGGCGUGUGACGCAGCGGGCGUGAUCCGCGUCAGUGACGACAGCAGCACGGAGUCGGACGGUGGCCUGGACAGCGACUUCCACUCCUCCCCCGAGUCCCUGAUGGACGAUGACGUGGUCAUCGUGGACGCCAUCGGGCUCCCGGCCGACGACCGCGGCCCCCUGUGUCCCCCACCGCGGGACCUGCACGGCCCCGGUGUCCUGGAGCGGGUGGAGCGGCUGAAGCAGGACCUGCUGGCCAAGGUGCAGGCGCUGGGCCGGGAGCUGCCCGUCAACACCCUGGACGAGCUCAUUGACCAGCUCGGGGGUCCAGAGUGCGUGGCGGAGAUGACCGGCAGGAAGGGCCGCGUGGUGUCCAGGUCCGACGGGACGGUGGCCUUCGAGUCCCGGGCGGAGCAGGGCCUCUCCAUCGACCACGUGAACCUCAGGGAGAAGGAGCGCUUCAUGAGCGGAGAGAAGCUCGUGGCCAUCAUCUCAGAGGCCUCCAGCUCCGGCAUCUCCCUCCAAGCCGACCGCCGGGUACCGAACCAGCGGCGCCGGGUGCACAUGACACUGGAGCUGCCCUGGAGCGCCGACCGGGCCAUCCAGCAGUUUGGCCGGACCCACCGCUCCAACCAGGUUUCCGCGCCCGAGUACAUCUUCCUCAUCUCAGAGCUGGCCGGGGAGCGCAGGUUUGCCUCCAUCGUGGCCAAGAGGCUGGAGAGCCUGGGGGCUCUGACCCACGGGGACCGCCGAGCCACCGAGUCCCGUGACCUGAGCAAGUACAACUUUGAGAACAAGGUACCCGAGGUGGGAGAGCCCAGGAGAGGAGGGUCCUCGGGGUGCCAGGACCCCGAGACCUGGGGUGCCCCAGCCUCUGACGCGGCCCGCGGCCCUCACCCCUCCCCACAGUACGGCGCCCGGGCGCUCAGCUGCGUCCUCACCACCAUCCUAAGCCAGACAGAGAGCAAGGUGCCGCUGCCCCAGGGCUACCCUGGAGGGGACGCCGCCUUCUUCCGUGACAUGAAGCAGGGGCUGCUGUCCGUCGGCAUCGGCGGGCGCGAGUCCCGGUCCGGCUGCCUGGACGUGGAGAAGGCAGACUGCUCCAUCAGCAAGUUCCUCAACCGCAUCCUGGGGCUGGAGGUGCACAAGCAGAACAUGCUCUUCCAGUACUUCUCCGACACCUUCGACCACCUCAUCGCCGCCGACAAGAAGGAGGGCAAAUACGACAUGGGCAUCCUGGACCUGGCCCCUGGCAUUGACGAGAUCUACGAGGAGAGCCAGCAGGUGUUCCUGGCCCCCGGGCACCCGCAGGAUGGGCAGGUGGUCUUCUACAAGAUCAGCGUGGACCGCGGCCUGAAGUGGGAGGAGGCCUAUGCCCGGUCGCUGGAGCUGAUGGGCACCCACGACGGCUUCUACCUCUCCUACAAGGUCCGCGGCAACAAGCCCAGCUGCCUGCUGGCCCAGCAGAACCGCGGCAAGCUCUUCACCGUGUACAAGCCCAACAUCGGGCGGCAGAGCCAGCUGGAGACCUUAGACAGCCUGUGCCGGAGGUUUCACCGGGUGACAGCAGAGGAGGCCAGAGAGCACUGGGAGAGCAGCUACACCUUCUCUCUGACUCACUGCAGCCACACCACAUGGAACCGGCACUGUCGGCUGGUGCAGGAGGGCAAGGACUGCGCGCAGGGCCUGAGGCUGCGACACCACUACAUGCUGUGCGGGGCCCUGCUGCGCGUGUGGGGUCGCAUCGCCGCCGUCAUGGCCGACGUCACCAGCAGCAGCUACCUGCAGAUCGUGCGCCUCAAGACCAAAGACAAGAAGAAGCAAGUUGGCAUCAAGAUCCCUGAGGCCUGCGUGCGCCGCGUCCUGCAGGAGCUGCAGCUCAUGGACGCCGAUGUGAAGCGCAAGCAGGCACGCGCCCGGGGUCUCCCCGUGCUGCCGCCCGCCCCACGCCCGCUCGCGCUGCCCUGCGGCCCCGGCGAGGUCCUGGACCUCACGUACAGUCCGCCGGCCCAGGCCUUCCCGCCGCCCUCGCCCUUCGCCUUCCCGGCCCCGGCCCCCGGCCCCGGCGGCCUGCUGCUGGGUGUUCCCGACGCCCCGGCUGACCCCGCGGCGCUCCUGCACCAGGGUUGCGACAUCAACUUCAAGGAGGUGCUGGAGGAUAUGCUGCGCUCCCUCAACGCCGCGCCGCCCCCUGAGCCCCCCGGCCUGCUGGGCGCCGGCGGGGGGGCAGCAGGCGCGCCGGAGGGCAGCGGGGGCCCCGAGCGGCAGAGCGUCAUCCAGUUCAGCCCCCCCUUCCCCAACUCCUAGGCCCCGGGGCAUCCUUCCCGCACGAAACUUAUUUAUCUAUAAUAGGCGCCCUGUCUACACCGGGGAAGCGGGUGGUGAGCAGGGCCAACAGCCCUGCGGACUACUGAGAGGAGCAGGCGGAGCCAGGAGCCCUUCGAGGCGGGGACAGGGGCCCUUCGUCCGGCCUCCCGAGGCCUCCACUGCAGUGCCUUCCCACCGGUGCCUGGACAGACGCUCGAGACGCUGCCGGCCCUGGGGGUGCCCUCCAAGCCCUGCCUGGUGGGCAGUGGCCAUGCGCAGGCCCCACUCAGGACACUCAGGGGCCAGGCAGGGCCUGGGGGUGGGGGGCCUCCUCUGUGCCUCUGUCCUCUGCUGCCCCCUUCCAGGCUGGGGUUGGGGCUCCCACCCCACCCACCUUACCAGGCCCGGUCAGCCCUGAAAUCCACAAAACUGGGUGGCCCCAAGAGCUGGAAACUCAGGAAACCCCAGGUGCUCAGGGCCCCACCGCCUCUGGGGGGCUCCGUGGGGCAGAUCUUCUAUUAAUAUAUGCAACCCCCUCCCUGCUCUCUGUGCCCUAAAUUAUUGCCCAGCCACCUCUCCCAGGGCCUGGAAUCUCCUGCGGAGCUGGUGGGUGGCCCCCUGGUUUCUAUGUGUAUUUAUAAUGAAUUCAAGUGUAUAUAUGUAAAGAGAUCUUUUUUAAAUAUAUGUGCCUUUUCACUA